UGAACAUCGAUGGCCGCUUCGAAAUUUGGGCGGAAGCGGUGACGUAGGGCUCCGAAACGGAACCUCCCACUUUUCCCAGACCGGCUCGAAUCCUUCCAACAACACUCCCACAUAAAGACUAAAUCAACAUGCCACUCAGGAAACCCAGCGCUCUAAGCUCUAAAGAACCCGACUACUUCGCGUACGCCUACGCAGGGAUCGUGUUCAUCGGCGGCGUCAUCGGCUUCGUAAGAGCAGGGAGUUUGGUCUCGCUGCUAUUCGGGACGUUUUCCGGCACGCUGUUGGGGAUCGGCGCGAGACAGGUUAGCGCUAAUGGGAAGAACUUUCAGCUCUUGCUUGGGAUAAGCGCGACACUGCUCCUGAUAAUGGGGAUGCGGUUCGCAAACUCGGGCAAGUUCAUGCCGGCCGGUCUCGUUGCUCUGAUCAGUGGGGUCUCAUGCUUCCGAUACGGUCUCCGAUUGUCGACCAUGCUUUGAUUGCCGCCUUUCUGUCUUUGCCUGCAUCGCUUUUCACGAGGACGACGGACGAACAUACUCAUUUGCUCCGACCGUCACCAUCCGCACCGUGCAUUACUGGAGUUUGAUUUGUUGGUUUCCCAUGUACACAUUUUGCACAUCUGUAAUUACAAGUUGUUGUCGGAAAACGCAUGAUUUGGUAGUUAGCGUCAUUACGCUGGAGACGAACGAAUGUCUGCGACACUUCCCCCUCAAUACAUUUGAGAAGCCACGAUGAGAUGUGCCCUCUGAACAUAGCGGUCGUCUUCCGCGAUAUCCAUUCAGUGACUACGAUAGUCACACAACGAACUUUACAUGCGGUAUUUUAGGAGCGGAAGCGAUC